GAAGCUCCUGCCGGGGGUGUCACGCGGACACCCCCGAGGCUGAGUGUGGGGUCUGCAGCAGCGUGACCGUGGACACCCCGGGACCGAGUGUGGGAUGUGGCGUUACCCGGCCACCUGACUCGGGGCUGCCCACCUGGUCCUCCACGUCGCUGCCCCUGCAGCGUCCCUGCCUGUGUUCUGCUUGGGAGUGCUGGAGUUGGAUACAAUACUGGAGGGAGGAGGCUGCAAGCGGGGGCCUAUCUCCCUUCCCCAGAGGCUUUCACGCGCCACCGAGGCCUGGCUCCAAGAUGCACCCCCGUCCGAACCCGGGAUCCCACCCUAGUUCAGCCCUACGAUGCACCAGUGGUGGGAGUUGGCUUCUGAACGGGGAGUUCCAGGCACGCAAGCACACAGCCAAGCGUCAGUCACCAUCUGGUGGGAGACGGGGGAUCUAGGAGCCAUCCCACCCCGACCUUUGCAGAAAAUUGACCCUGAGGUGGCCGCCUUCCUGCAGAAGCUGCGAAGUCGAGUGCAGAUUGGUGUGGUGGGUGGCUCUGACUACUCUAAGAUCGCUGAGCAGCUGGGUGACGGGGACGAAGUCAUUGAGAAGUUUGAUUAUGUGUUUGCCGAGAACGGGACGGUGCAGUAUAAGCAUGGACGACUGCUCUCCAAGCAGACCAUCCAGAACCACCUGGGGGAGGAGCUGCUGCAGGACUUGAUCAACUUCUGCCUCAGCUACAUGGCUCUGCUCAGACUGCCCAAGAAGCGUGGAACCUUCAUCGAAUUCCGGAAUGGCAUGCUGAACAUCUCGCCCAUCGGCCGGAGCUGCACCCUGGAGGAGCGGAUCGAGUUCUCCGAACUGGACAAGAAAGAGAAGAUCCGGGAAAAGUUCGUGGAAGCCCUGAAAACAGAGUUUGCUGGCAAAGGGCUGAGGUUCUCCCGAGGAGGCAUGAUCAGCUUUGAUGUCUUCCCUGAGGGCUGGGACAAGCGCUACUGCCUGGACAGCCUGGACGAGGACAGCUUCGACACCAUCCACUUCUUUGGGAAUGAGACCAGCCCUGGUGGGAACGAUUUUGAGAUCUUUGCUGACCCCCGCACUGUCGGCCACAGCGUGGUCUCUCCUCAGGACACAGUGCAGCGAUGCCGAGAGAUUUUCUUCCCAGAGACAGCCCAUGAGGCGUGACCGGGGCCCACAUCUGUGCAUCGUGACUUUUGAAAAGUUUGGCCCAGGCCUAAAGAGAGGUCCUGCUGUUGGAUAGAUGCCGGGGCCCUUCCUCUGGCCCAGGACGCCUGCUGCAAGGCCCACCCAGAUGGGGGCCAGAGUCUGUGCAGACAACGUCCCCUGCCAGUCAGCUCCUGGUGGCAUUGGCUCCGUCCUCCCAAGGCCCAGAGUGUUCUCUGUGCUCCACCUGGCGGCCCAGGCCACAGCCGCUGCUUGUAAUUCGGUACAGAACAGGUUUUUUUUCUGCGCCGGGAGGAGGCAUGAGCAAGUGUCAGUACGAGAUCUAGCCCGCCCUGCCUGCCCACCCUGGGCAAUGGGGUACGGUGGGGAAGGUGCCUAUUUUAGAGAACUUUGUCACAGUAUUAAAGUUCCCAGAAUGAAGUA